AAUGGCGACUGUCUUUACAUAGAAGAGUGCUUAUUCCCGCCCAGAAAGCGUUUAACUAACGAGUGCGUUUGAAGACUUUUAUGCAUUUUUCAUUGCGAUUUUACUAAAAAUGAUAAUAGAGAAUCCAGAUCAAUUCAAAGCGUGGCUUACUGCCGUUUUGGAGCCGCUCUGUGAUGCAGAUCCUGCUGCAUUAGCUAAAUAUGUAUAUGCCUUGGUUAAGAAAGAUAAAACCUUAGAGGAGUUAAGAGGUUGUAUGGUAGAACAGCUUGAUGUAUUUUUGCAACAAGAAACUAAAAAUUUUGUGGAGCUAUUAUUUAAAACUUUGGAGACUCAAGAAUAUAUACUUCCACCAACUAAGGGAGAUCCAGAUGGUGGUAGAACUCCACCAGGUGUAAAUCCACCACCUCCAGUGGUAACAUCAGAAAAAACUGCAGAUGCAACAAUUUCUUUAGCUCCUGUAAUUACUAAUCCUGUUGCACCACUUCAAGUAAAUGGCUCGACGCCUACAGCUAUUUGCAAGCGUGAAACAAGAAAAUCUGAUUCUGAUAAGGGUGAUAAGGAGAAAGAAAAACGUUCUCGUAGUCGGAGUGGUCGUAUGAGAUCAAGGACAAGAUCACGAUCGCGUUCUUGGGAAAGAGAUAGACGCAGAUCAAGAAGCAGAGAACACAUUCGUCGUGACAGAGAACGUGAUAGGAGUCGUCCAUGGCGGAAUGAAUCUCCACCUAUUACAGCUAGACGACACGACAGAAGACGCACUAGAAGUCGUAGUACAUCUCCAAUACGACCAAGGUUACGAGAUGGCCCCGAUAGUCGCGAUCAUAGAGCACGUUUCAGAAAUAGAUCUCCAACCCCGUUGAGGUCCAGAUCACGAUCAAGAUCCAUAGAUCGUAAAAAAAUAGAACGUUCAGAGAGGUUGGAUGUAGAUAGAUCAGAACGGGUAGAAGGAAGUCCGGGUGGUGGUACUCCAACACAAGAUAGUAAUCACGGAGACGUAGACAUGAGGUUAUCUACUACAAGUCAAUCGAUCCAAAGUGUUGUUGCUGUUGCAUCUAAUAUGCCAAGCAACCAAAUUGGUCCUUUUCAAGCAAAGAGAAGAUGUAGAGAUUUUGAUGAGAAAGGAUAUUGUAUGAGAGGAGAUCUUUGUCCUUAUGAUCAUGGUACUGAUCCUGUUGUAUUGGAGGACGUUGCUCUAAGUCGUGUUUUGACUUUUGGACCACAUAGUCAUCAAGCUCCAGGUACAGUACCGGUAACAGCAGUACCAGAUCCACCUCCAGGUCCCAAUGGCAAUGCACCGCCACCACACCUUCCGCUCGCAAGUCUGCCACCACCGCACUUACGAAAUCAACAUCAUUCUAAUAUGGAUGCAUUUGCAGAAUACAAUCCAGAUGCCCCUAGUAUGGAACCAAGAAUGCCAUGGGGUAGACAUCCACAGACUGGAUCUGGACUUUAUGGAAGAGGUCAAAGGGAAUUGAUUAGUGUACCAGUAAUUCCUCACACAAAUUCGACAGAAAUAACACAUAGUCAAGCAAAUCCAUUGAAACGGAAACAAGCAUUUGAUUUUAAUCGUCUUGGACCAAAACAAAGAGCAGUGCACAAUCCAGCUAACUGUUCUUUAGAAUUAAAGAAAGUUCCACGAAGUUUAAACAAUAUAACACAAUUGAAUAAUCACUUUUCCAAAUUUGGAAAAAUUGUAAAUAUUCAAGUUAAUUUUGGAGGUGAUCCAGAAGCAGCUUUGGUUACUUUUCAGUUACCUACAGAAGCUAAAGCUGCAUACAGAAGCACUGAAGCUGUAUUAAAUAAUAGAUUUAUAAAAGUGUUUUGGCAUAACAUAAAUAAUAAUUCAGUUAGUGGAGCUAUAGAAAAUGUACCACCAGGUUGCCGUCCUUCCGUAAAAGAAAGAUUAGGUGCUGCUCUAAAUUUGCCAGCAAAAUCGGAGGAAAAUGAGUAUGUGCCCACACGUCGCUCGUCAGAUGAACAAAAUACACAGAAUGUGAUUCCAACAUCACCAAAAGCGGCAGCAGUUCCUACACGAGAAGAAAAGGUUUUAGCAAUAAAAAAGACGCAGGAGAUACUGGCAGCUAAAGAAACAUUAAAGAAAAAGCAGGAAGAAAAACGUAAAGAAGCUAUAAAAUUAACUGCUGAUUUAAGGAAAAGAAAGCAAGAACUUUUAGACAAACAUCUUGUAGAAAUUAGAGUUCUAAUAGAUAAAGCGGAGAAGAAUCCAGAACAGAAGGAUGCAAUUAUGGCAACAAUUAAAACUAUGCAACAAUCCAUUGACAAUUUACGUAAAGAUUUAGCUGCAAAUGGACAAAUUUGUGGAAAUAAAUCGCAGAUAAAAUCCAAAGAACAAACUCAAAAGGAGAUUUUAGAUGCUGAGUUAGAUUUAAUGACUGCUCAGCAGGAAGGUCAAGAUGCAGGAGAAUUGCAAAAGAGAUUAAAUGAAUUACGAGCUCAAGCUGCUGCAUUAGGUUUACAUGCGAGUCCAGGUGUAGGUAGAGGUGCGAGAUCUAGUAGAAUUAUACGAGGAACUCAUGCAGUUUCAUAUAGGGGUCGUGGAAGAGGAAGUUAUGCUCACGUUUCAGUAGAUCAUAGACCAACGAGUCUUCUAGUCUCAGGUUACGAAACGGAGGAAAAAUCAGAUGUUCUAGCACAUUUUCAACAAUUUGGAGAAAUAGUGAACCAAAUUAUAGACGAUACAACACCAUCUAUUGUAAUCAAUUAUAAAUCCAGAAAAGAAGCCGAAGUUGCAAUGUUAAAAGGCCGUACCUUUCAAGAUAGAUUAUUAUCUAUAACCUGGGUGUCCGGACAUCACUUACAUCGCGGUGGAAGCGGAAAUAAUUUGAAUUCAUCCGUACAACUUUCUGUACAUUCUGAACAAGCACCGCCAACAACUGAAGAAGAAAUCGAUUUAGAAGGAACAGCAGAAGCAUUACUUCUUGAAGAAAAUGAAGAGGAAGAGGAGGAAGAUGGGGAACCACGCAGUUGGCGACGAUAGCAGCAUCAGCGUUAUUUAUGACAAAAGUGCGUUAUUGGCUACAGUGGUAGUAGCAUUUUUUGGGCAUAUCGAUGUUUGCUCAGUUCUUUCACGACUGCUACAUCGCUGCUUAAUGUUUCAAAUACAAUGAUUUUGUCAAAAAAGUCACGUUAUGGGCUCAUUGGCGUUAUAAUGAGCAUUACAAUACUUGUUAAUACUAUUAAAUAUGCGUGUGCAUUAUAGCGGUAUGUCUAUACUGUGUCCAAUAAUGCGCAUCACGAAAAUAGGCCAGUAUACAAGUUUCCACAACACGACUAACCAAAUUUAUCUCAUUAUUUCUAGAAUAAAAUCGCUAUGUUUUGUAUGGGAAACUCUUAUUCUAACUUUAAGUCCUCAUCUUUCAUCUGUAGAAUUGCGAUUAUUUCUCGUUAUGAUAUUAUAAGGUUUUAUGAUGUAGUACAUAAAUCUAGAGUAAAUAGGCAUAUGUAGUUCUAAAACAUUUUUCUGUCGAAAGCGAGAAAACUAUAUUUAUAAUUUGUAUAAUACACAUAGCUUAUUCUAGAUCUUCUUCAUAAGAGAUAGCGUAUAACGCUUAACGUAGUGUAAAUGAUUUUUUACUUUCACUUAAAUGUACUAUUUAAAAAUUGUUCCUGUAAUCAUGUACAGUAUCAUGUAUAAUUUUCAUUGUUUUGUUUUACCUAAUGUCAGUGAAUUAAGUUGGUAACGCCAAAAGAUAUUUAGUGCAUAAUUUACAUAGAUUGUUUCAAUAUAUAUUGCAAAAAUAAUAUAUCAUUGUUACACAUAAACCAUUCAGUUUUAUAAGAAGGUAAGUAUUUUAUUUAUAAAUAUACAAUUUGAACAUGCACAUGCACUAAAAAUUUAUGAUGAAAUCAAAAUGUGUUCUGAUACUAGUAGAGUCAGAAAUAAAUUAUUUGAUACAUUUUAAAACUAA